GGGAAGUUUGAGUAAACUUGGUUGGGUUGAGGAUGAUUCAAGCGCAAGCUCAACACCUUCUCAGUCUCCAAGACAUACGACAGGCCCUUCAGAACAAAUCAGUCAAGCAGAUAUUGAAAAGGAUGCAGCAGAAUGCUCUGCUGAAAAAUCACAAGCUAAAUGUGAUGGCAUUAAAAGUGAGCGUAAAAUGUCGUCUGAAGUUACAUCGCAAAAUAUGAUAUCUGAAGAUGAACCAAAGUUUAAAAAGAUAAACAGCCAGGAUGAUCAAACACAGAAUGCAGCUCAGAGUGAAGAUGUAAGUAGUGCGAAUGAUGAAACAAUGGCAUCAAUAGAUGAAGCCCAAUGCAAGGAUGUAUACAGUUCAGAUGAUCAAACAAGACCCUGUAAAGAUGAAUCAUCAACAAAGGAUGUUUUAAGUGAUGAUAUAGAACACAAUGAUCCCUGUGAGAAUUCAGCUGUGAGGGAAAAUAAAAAAUCAGUGGAGCAAAGUAGCCCUGUUAUUGUUAAAAUUGUUCAUAAUAGUGAACUAUUCAUUGCUCAAACUGAAAAACAAUGUGGUGAUCCAAAUGAACAGCUUCUUAGCCCUUUAUCUAAUGUUGAUUCUAAUAAGUCCAGAUUUACCUUCCUUGAUUCAAAUGAAUUGGAAGAAUCUAUGAUGCCACUUCAAUCAAGUAGCAGUGAGAAGGUUCCAAUAAACAAUUUUGAUGGCAUUGUAUGCACAAAAAGUAUGUCCACACAUAUUGACAAAGCUGAUCAUAAUGAUAAAUGUAUAAGUACAGAUAGGAAUGAGAUUCAAGAUAUUGAAAUUGAAGUUGAAAAGGUGAACAAAAACAAAGUUGAUGAUGACUGUUCAAGUGAAGAUGCAGUUACCUCUAUAAUUGCGGAUCUGUUUACAAGUAAAAGACCAUGGUUC